GCCAGUGCUGAGUGCAGUGCAUCAGUCUCAGUGGGGAAAGUGAUUAUUUGUUACAAUCAGUCAAAUCACACAGUAGUAAAAUUCUGGUCAUUUUCUCGAAUUGACUGGUGAUGAACGUGUUGUCGAGAGCCGCUGAAGAAGCCAUAGGCAUGUUGGAAAAGGAUUAUUAUUCAAAAUCAAAGGAUCAACCCCAAAAACGGCCUCAUGUGAAGACGGAACGAAUGCAAGAAUUCCUCAAAACUCAAGCAGAGAAUGGCAGCCCGGUCCGACUAUUGAAAUGUCCAGAGGAAGGAUGCAACAAGGUGCUGACCAGCUCCCCCGGUCUACGCUAUCACCUCAAGUCACAUUAUCAAGACAGGCCUUACUCGUGUCAUAAAUGCCACAAGACAUUCAAGAGUGCAAAUGGCCUCAAGUACCACUUAGAGAAGACAAAAUGUGACGGGUCGUCCUUCGGCAGUCCAGUCCGAUCUUACCCUGACAGCAGCACGUCCAGUCCCCAGCGAAACCAGAUCCACGUCCAACCCACCUCCCAUAACCCAGCAGCCUCAGUAUUCUCCGGGACGAACACCUCUAAAGGUUUCAUCAAAGUCAUUCCGCUGAAUAAAUCUCAAAAUUUACACGGGAGUCCUCAGAAGAGUCCGACAAGUACAACAAUGUAUUUGAAGUAUCGUUCGUCUUUGCCAACAUCCGUCAGCCAGUUGCGACAGAGAAUCAUCGCUCAGGGAGGAGGGGGCCCAAUGGGUGCUAGACGCUGCCUGACACCGACGUUGGAAUGUUUCGAAGGUGCUGAAAGUUUUCCAUCAGAUGAUGAAGACAAUAUGGCCGUACCUCUGAGGCAGCAUGGUUCUGCCCCUCCACCAGUCAGCUCUUCCUACGAGUACAGAAAGCCGUUUUUAAGUCAUUCCAUUCACAACAUCCUUAGUUCAUCGGGCGACCGAGGGCCGAGCGAUCUCAACACAGGCAGCCGAACCGAUCAGUGUUCGUCGACGCUCAGUAGUCCAGAUACUCAAUCACAGCACUAUAGGUAUAGCUGUGUACAGAAUAGUCAGAACAGCGAUACAGAGCCUGUCUCACCCUUUGCCAACAGGGACGCGGGGUUGAAUCGACUGACUGAACUUGCCAUCAUUGCCACGGGACCGCAGAGUCCGCUCAUCAGGAGAACACCACCACCAACCAGGCUGAGACCAGAGGAACUCAGAGCUCCCGAGAAUGCAGAAACUGAAUCCACACCAUACUCUCUUGCCUCACCUGUCAAAACUUCCACUGCCACUACACCUAAACAUGAAAGUGUAUCCUCCGACGAGUCGGACUAUGAUGAUGGGUUUGAAACUCCCCCUGGAUCCCCAUAUUACGACGAUAUGAAAUUUGAUUUUGAGAGUGAUCAACGAGUGACAUCUUCCUCACCAUUUCCUGCCGAUCCUAAAGAGUGUAAAGCUUCAAGUGAAACUUGGUCGCAUUCCUGGCCGACUGCCGUAUGGCAGUGUUUUAUCAAAGGCAGCAGGGUACGUUUUAUGUCGGGGAGUAAAAUGGAUUGGCAGUUAGCGGAAGACUUGGCGAGCAGGGACCAACUUACUCAACAGGCUUGUCAGAGUCACAAGCAGUGGGAGAAAAAAUGCUAUGCACCAAAUGGUUUACGCCUGCUGCAUGUUGAACAGUGUCGAUGUUUGGAGUCUCAGGAGAUGGUGCUACGCCUUCGGUUCUCGCCUGAUAAAAUCGACCAGCCAGAGAUUCUUGUCCAGUGUCCAUUAGAUCAUCCUUUCUUUGUGAAAGAUAAGGGUUGGUCAUCAUUCCAUCCUAGUCUGACUGCUGAACAUUACGGCAUUCCGUGUUGCGAGUUAGAGGAUCAUGAUGUCUGUCUUCCACCGACCCAUCCUGACGCGACGUUCAAUCUGGACGUGUUCGAAAGUUUCAAAAGUUUUGAUUUUACACCUAUGGACUCAUCGGCUGUGUUCACAUUGAGCAAUAUGGCAAAGCAAAAGCGAGAUUUGGAGGUGACAAGUCCAAAAGCGUCUCCCACAAGGUGUCCACGCGCCAAGAGUGAUAGCGGGAAAGCAAAACGACCAAUGAACGCCUUCAUGUUGUUCGCCAAGAAGUUCAGAUUGGAAUAUACUCAGAUGUUUCCAGGAAAGGAUAACAGGGCAAUCAGCGUGCUCUUGGGCGACAAGUGGAAGAAGAUGAGGACCGACGAACGAAAGGUAUUUUCUCAGGAAGCCAAACAUUUGGCAGAGCAGCACCGGAAAUUGAACCCUGAUUGCUGGAAGAGGAAGCGAUCCAUGUCUGGGAGCACAGAAUGAACAGUGCUGUCAUCUAUUGUCGAGUGAUCACAAUCAAGUUUACUGCCAGAGCAUCAAGACAAGCAGGUCUUCUUUAUCAGAUGAGUAUUAUAACUGCCUGUGUCUUUGGGUUGACCCCAGACAGUUAGCCUGCCAUUGCCACAUGCUGCGUCUGUGCUGCUCAUGAAGCAGAGCAGUGUUUUGCAUCUGUGCCAACCAGGCAGCGGGGAGUUUUUGCACCUGUGCUGCCCAGGAGUGGGGAGUUUUUGCAUCUGUGCUGCCCAGGAGUGGGAAGUUGUUGCAUCUGUGCUGCCCAGGAGUGGGGAGUUGUUGCACCUGUGCUGCCCAGGAGUGGGAAGUUGUGCACCUGUGCUGCCCAGGAGUGGGAGUUUUUGCAUCUGUGCUGCCCAGGAGUGGGAAGUUGUUGCAUCUGUGCUGCCCAGGAGUGGGGAGUUUUUGCACAUGCAGCCGAUGUUUUGCAUUUGCACUGAGACUGCACAUGCAUCAGUUUUUGAGUGCGUUGUGCACAUGCAGUAUAUGAGAUGAUGUCAAAAGUUGAUUCUUUCCACAUUGCUGUGUUGGUUCCUGGUAAGAGAGGACUCUGAUUGUGUUUACAUUGUUAAUGGCUUUGGAUGUUGAUAUCGUAAAGUUUAUUAGAUUGCAUGAAUGUGUUAUUCAAGUUUUGAACAUUGGUAGAAGUGAUACCAGACUAAUGCAAGUAUCAAUUCGUUUCUUGUACCCCCCCUCCUCAAGGGUAGUUAAGCUAUCACCACUAAUCUUUGCCGAUGCUUGAGUAGUAUUUAUUUUUCCUUUAGUGAAAAUUUGGCGAAGCUGGAAAGAAUAAGGAUGCUAAUGUGUCGAUGUCUUGUCGAACAUACAGCCUUACCCAGUAAAAUUAGUUCGGUUACUUUAUAUGACGGUGAUAACUGAUAUAUUGUUGAUGGUGAUGUCUUGACGAAAGAAAAAGUAGCAUUGGUGAAAAAAGGGUGAUGCUUGAGCCUUAAGAUGUCGUUAUAGGGUGAUAAGGUGUCGUACCCUUGAGGAGGGGGAGUACAAGACACGAAUCGAUACUUGCAUAAAGGCAAGGCACAUUUACUGACGUUGUAAACUGGUAGAAAUGAAGGUUUCAUUUGUAUGAAAUGAUGUUGAGCCUGCUUUGAAAGUGCGUGUUUACAUUAUGCAUAGAAUUUUAAGAGAUUACAUGGUAAAGCUACAUAAUAAUGUACAUAGAGUGUUGAAUUUGAAAAUGGUUUGAUGAUGAAAGGUAACCAAGAACUGCAUCAUUGGUCUUUUGAUCCAACCAAAGAAAGUAUUGUGUCUGUCAGAUACCAUGCUGGCCUCGACUGAUGAUUGUAGACUUGGGUACAUUUCAUAAAGGGUUCAUGCUACAGAUUAGAGUUUGAGGGUGUGGAUAAGUAAUUAAAUUAUAAGUUGAUUUGUUCAUGGAUGUAAUGCACUAUAAAUUGUACGAGGAUUGAAGAUUUUGGUUACAAAAUGAAGAAAAGUGAAAUGUACUAGGAUAACUUAAUUUUAGUGAAAUGUAGACUGUUGGGUGGUGGAGGACUCCCUUCAAUUGGAUGUGAACAGCAUUUUGUACCCAAACUUUUUAAUGGUUGUGUUUUUAUCUAUAAUAUAUUUGUAAAUGCUAAUGAUAUUAGAUGUUAAUGGUAUGAAGUUAUGGAGUAUAAAUUAUUGAGUGUCUGAUGAGAAACUUGAUGUUCAAGUUGAAAGUGUUUUGAAUGUGCUGGGCAGAUGAUUGUAAUGUCAAGAGACGUUAUAACUACAUGUAUAUUAUUGCCAUUUGCAUCUUGACAUUAAUCUCAAUGUAGAUUUGACGAUAAUACGCACAAAGUCCUGACAGACGUGGCAAUAAUAUGUCUCCUGAUGUUAGAGUUGAAAUUAAGAAACUAAUCACCUAUAGUGUGUCUUUUUGCUGUAUUCUUAUUGGGGCAAGUACUGGUAUAAUUUACAGUGGUUCCUCUGAUGCAUUUGAAAUUGAUGACAAUAAGUUGUUACAAAGUUGACGAUGUUGUUGAUAUUAUGCAGGGAGUAUUGUAAAAGUUUUAAAGCAGACGACGAUUCCGGUGAAAUGAGAUUUGUGGUGAUGUUUGAUCAAAGUUGUUCCAUUUUUACUGCCUGUUUUAAAAGAGUGACAUGUCUCAUUGUUUAUAUAUGUAGUUAUUAUAGGUAAUUCAAAUUAACUCACUAAUUUGAUAUCUUCCAAUUGAUAGCUCUGAACUGUGUGGUAAGAAAGUUCAACCACUGCAAAAUUGUUCAAUUGCAGAGUAGUUGUGUCUUGUAAUCGCUUUGAUCAAGCCUCACAUUCACAAUGCCGUCAUUAGAAUAGAACUUAAUGUCAUUAUAAUCUGUGGACUUUUUAUAUGCAAUGUACAAGGUCUAUGCACCUAAUGAAGGCAGCAGCCAAUUUACAUGUGUUUACAUUUAUACGAUGUUUAUUGUACAGAGAAUAUCUCUAUCGUUCACAGUAGGAUAGAAUUGUUUUCAGUGUAGAUUUUCAAAGUCUACUGAAGAGGCGGCAUCAUUUUUGAACACUUUUGAAUGUUUUAUUCAUGAGGCAUCCAUCGGCAUUCUUGAAAUCAUGUUUUGUACUAAGCAUCAUCUAUCUAUAUAUUCUUUUCAAAAAUAGGUAUAUAUUAUUGAAAUAAUAGGCUUAUAGCACUUCUUAAUUUACUGCAAAUGAAGAAAGUCUCUCCCUUGUAUGAUAUUUCCCCAGGUUACGUUAUCAUGGUUAUGCAUUUUUGUGAGCGCCGAACAAAAUUGAAAUCACAACUUUGAAUUGGCUUUUAGCAAGUAGGUAUAGGAAUCAAUAUCAUUCGUUAAAUAUUUCCGAACGACUUAUAAUCUCUUUCUCAACAUGUAGCCCAUAGAUACAUGCUUGGUAACACAGUUCCCAAAUCACAAACUUCAUAGAUUUCACAACUUCAUUUCUGGAGGACUUUAUAUAUUGUACACAUGUAGGUGGUUUAAAAUCACAACUAGAAAUACAUGUACUAGAGAUUUUUUAUCAGAUAGUUUUGAUUACCAUAGCAACCAACCAAAACAAUAAUUGUGCAAUUUUCUCAUCAUACCAAACAGGUGAAUAUGUAAAGUAUUUUGAUUUUAUAGUUUAUCUUGUUAGAUUAUAACCUUUCUGGAUGAUUAUUAAUGUAUAAUUUGUGUCUGUGUGUGUGUGUAUUCUUGUUUUUAUCUUAUCAUAUUUACUAACUUCUGUCAUGCAUGAUUCAUCAUAUCCAUUCACUUUUUGGGAGUAGCAGGUAUAACAAAUGGGUUGGCAUGAAGGAUUGACCAUAGGCCCCACCAUGUUGGCUAGUGAAAUCCUAAAACAAACAGAACUCCUUCAAAACAAAGAACUUGAAAUCCUAAAACAAACAGAACUCCUUCAAAACAAAGAACUUGAAAUCCUAAAACAAACAGAACUCCUUCAAAACAUAGGGAAAGCCAAUUUCAAGGGUGGGAGUCUGUCCUGGGCUUCAAAUGGGCAUUCACUUCAUCCUGAAUGAGUUAGUAUUUCAAGUUCUAGCCAAAAUGGCGGUGCCUGUGGUCAACCCUUACAUGUUUCAAGGUUAAUGUACACAGUUCCUUUUCAGGAUAUCACUGUUCCACAAGCACUUGCAUGAAGUUAGUUUCCCAAGCGAAUCUUUUGGUCUCUUUCGAAAAGUUGUUGCUUGACAGCUGACAGGUUAAUUAGUGGUGUCAGAACCUUUCUGUAGUGUUGUGUAAAUUGUUAGCAUCAAAAGACUUUGUUGAAGUAUUUUAAAAUUUGCAGGUCAGUUUAAGUUUUCUGUUUUCUUUAUUCUAUCGAUUCAAAAUUAUCUUAGAGUA